AUGACGGAAGAGGUCGUGUGGGAAUGGCCGCCGGCGCCGAUCCGGCUCAUCGAGGACGACGGCGAGACGAUGCACCUCGCCGCCGCCGGCGUCGCCUUCCUCCAGGGCUUCGAGUACCCUAUUGGCACGCUUGUCGUCACAGGCGGGCCCGACCGGCUACGCGAUGCGAGCCGCGUGCUCGGUGAAGGUCCGCCCGCCCGCGAUGCGUCCAGCACCGCGCCUGGCAUCUACAUUGUAGGCUCCGCCGACUACAUGCAAUCCGGUCGGUGCGUGCUAUUGCUCGAUCUGCAGCUGCCGUCGGGCCCGAGCCCUCUCCGCGCAGUGGCGGUUGCACUCGCCAGCCUUGUCCUCCACAUUGGCAGCGGCGAAGUCGACGCGGCGGCGCACUUGCUGCAAGGACUCAGCAACGACACACCCGACGUAGCUCCGUUUCUGCCGUCGAUGGCCUGGAUCACGCCUGGCUUGUCGCCAGUCUUCACACCGGGUGCGUGGCCCGGCGUCGGCGGUCGCCCACAUGACGCACAGCUCGUGAAAGCGCGUCACGUUGGCACGAUCGAGCUUCCGACCGACGCCGACGACGCUUUUCUCAGCGUCUGCCGCGCCACGCUUCUCGACGCGGUGCCCGAGAAGCGGCUCUUCAACGUGACGUUCACCGGACCGCUCCUCAUUGCGUUCCUCGACGCGUGUCUGCAGCCGACGGCCGACGGCGCGCUGGACCUCCUCUCCGCCUGGGACCACGUCGUCGACCUGCAGUGCCAGCCCAUUGUUGCCGAUGCGCUCCAGACGUACCGAGAUGCGAUGGACGGCGUGGUCACCGAGUCGCCGCCGCUCGAGCUGCCCGCGUACGAGACGCUGCACGACGACGUGUCUCGGAUGGCGCUCGGUCUCUUUGCGUCCGGCGCGGCCUUUCCCCAAGCGCCAGCCCGGUCCAAGGCCAAGGCGGCGCUUCUGAACGCUCUUCGGCGUCUCGAUCGCGACCAGCGAGACGCGCUGGACGCCAACUCGGAGGCGUUCUGCUCGGCGCUGUGCACGCAGCUCUGGCACGCGGCGACGGCGGAUCGCUCGCAAGAGCCCGCGUCCGCGCUCCUAACCAUCUCGGCUCAGUACCACGACGCAUGUCGCGGCCCGGCCAAGCACCGCGUCUGGAGCGAGCGCGUCGCGGCCGACGGCGCUGCCUUUUUCCAGCACGCGACCGCCGCCGCGUACGCCGCAUGGACCGACGACCAGCUCGCCGACGAGCGCAAUGCGUUGGACGCGGCGUACAAGGCCAAGCACACGACGCUGCUCGAGCACUUUCAGCGGGAAAAGGUGACGCUCGAGGCGCGGUUGCAGCAAGAACAAGCCUUGCAGGCCAAGGCCCACGCCGCGUCGCUCGCGCGCGUCAACAUGGACGUCAACGAAACGCGCCGGACGCGCGACGAGCUCGGGGCGGCGCAAGCGACGAUCGUCCAGCUCCAAGAAGCGCUGCGGCAGCGCGAGAUCGACGUCAAGGCGGCCAACGAGUCGAUUGCGUCAUUGAAAAGCGACAUGUCGCAGAUGGAGGCGACGCGCGCGGACGAGGCCGUCGCGCGGACGGCGCUUGUCGACCGCCUCGCCGAGUCGCUGCAGACAGAAGCGUCGCUGCGAGCGCAACUGGCCGCUGCCGAGGCGGCGCGACUGGCCGAUGUGACGGCGCGUGCGUCGAUGGCCCACGACGCGAUCGCGCAGCUGCGCACCGUGAGCGAAGAAAAGGACAUGCUCCAGCUCAAACUCAACGAGUUUUUUCUCAAAGCGUCGGCGCUGCCGCCGGCGAUCCAAGAACACCUUUUGCUCCCCGCCGAGUCGGAGCCUGUCGUGUUUGCCGACGCGCUCUCGAGCUUCAUGGCAGCCUAA